UCUCCCCCACACCUCAUUAGGACCUGUUUUCAUAAACAGACUAACUUUAUUGGGCUGAACUGUCCUCAUGGGGACCAAAAUCUGGUCCUAAUGCGAUAGAGUAUCAUUUCUGUGGUCCUGGUUAGGGCUUGGGGUAAGGUGUGAAUUUAUGAUUGAGUUUGGUAUACACUGGUAAUGAUUAAGGUUAGGGUUUGGGUAAGACUUCCUGUAUGGAAGUAAAAGCAAUGCCCAAAUAAGGAUAGCUGUGCAAUCUUGUGUGUGUGUGUGUGAGAGAGAGAGAGAGAGAGAGGUCAUGUUUCCUGUGCUGUGGGGUGGGGAUUUAUCAAAUACUUAAAGCACAGCAACAGCUCCAAACCUUCCUGUAACAGUGAGAGUGUAACAUCAACAGGUCACUCAACCCUUUAAUGAGCCAUGCAUCCCAAUGAUUCUACCACGUCUGAUUAUGGUGACUAUAUUUUUCCUGAGACAUUAAUUCCUGAGAUUCAACCCAUCCAAAUAGCUGCUCUUGUCUUCUAUGGCCUUGUGGCCCUGCUAGGAAUUCCUGGUAAUGCCCUGGUGGUGUGUGUAACAGGGUUUUGCAUGCGCCGCUCUGUCACCUCCAUCUGGUUCCUCAACCUUGCACUGGCUGAUCUGCUGUGCUGCCUUUCCAUCCCUCUGCUCAUGGUCCCCCUGGCCCAUGAUGACCACUGGCACUUUGGCCCCCUGGCAUGCAAGUUGGUCAAAGGGCUGUUCUACCUGGUGAUGUACUGCAGUAUCCUGCAGUUGGUUUUGAUCAGUGUGGAUCGCUUGAUGCUGGUCAUCAAACCCGUUUGGUGUCAGAACAAGAGGCAACCCAGACAAGCUGUCUUUGCAUGUGUGUGUGUGUGGUGUAUGGCUCUGAUAGGCAGUAUCCCACAGUUUUUCUUUGCCCAUGAAAUCUCGUCAGGUGAGAAGAGAGAGUGCGUCAUGGGGUACACAUCAAAGAGCGUCUGGCCUGUCCUCUUCUUUCGCUUGCUGAUGGGAUUUAUCCUCCCUUUCCUGGUUAUUGUCUACUGUCACCUUGUGGUGUACAGAAGAACCCAGAGAGGACUGUCACGUGGUCGGACACGCUCCAAACGAACCCUGAGGAUCAUCAUCGCUGUGGUGCUGAGCUUUUUCUUGUGCUGGCUCCCUCUGCACAUCAUGGAUUUCAUCGAUUUGAAGACCCCUCGAAGCUCGCCUCACAAACCAAAGGUUUACCAUGCGCAUGUGUUAGCACUCUGUCUGGCGUAUUUCAACAGCUGUCUCAACCCUCUGCUCUAUGUGUGUCUGGGCCGUGGCUUCAAAGACAGCAUGAGUCGCUCCGUGCGCAACAUAUUCCACUUCAUCAGCGAGGACCCAACCAGCAGGGCAACCAUCACUAACGACACCAAAAGCACAAGCAAUACAAAGGAGAUGACCAAAAUCUGAUGGUGUACUGACUUUUUUUUUUUAUACAAUUUUUUUUCUUGCUGCAGAAAUUUGUUAGAAAACAUUGGUUUAAAUUUUGCACUGAACUAACGUGGCACAGAACAUAAAACUGGAAUAUUUCUGCAGAAUGACCUGGGUUGGUUUAUGUGACAAUCCUAGGACUAUAUUGCAAAUCAGGAACUAUUGCUCAAUCUGCAAAGCUCCAAACAUUCAGAUCUCAUGGAAGCAGGCUAGAAUUUAUGCUUCUGUUUUUUUAAACACUAUAUAUAUUAUAUAUAAUUAUAUAUAUAUAUA